AUGGUUGCAAGGGCUGGUUUGAUGGGGAUACGAAGCCGACUCGCAGUGCUUUUCUCGGUUGCGCUAUCUCCGUGUCUAUGCACUUCUUUUGGCCAGGUAGGAAACUUGUCAGAUAUUUUGACCGGUUUGUCGGUCAUGGGUUGUCUUCCUGAUUCACUAUCUAUGAAUGCAUUUUAUUCUGCAGAAUUCUGCACAGUUUUGCAAGAUGUACAUAUGUUGUAGAUUGUUCACUGCAAGAAACCAUCGCAGUAUAAUGAUUUCGGGUACAAUAAAGUUAUGGUCCAAUAGCUGUUAUCUGUGACCAACAGUGGAAUAGACUUGCUCUAAGUUUGCACUCCCAGGCCGUUGCAAAGCUAAGCGACCAAAACAGACCUUAACCUCCUGCACCUCAAAAUGUAGUCAUCCAUCCUGUGUCUUCAGAGUAUAAUAUAAUAGCAGAUAAGUUGACUUAUUGGUGGCAUAUGUGAACAUGAAUAUCACUUGUUCUGGAGGAUCAUGCCACUCGACAUUACAGUUAAUGAUGCACUACUCCCAGUCAUACAUUAGUGAGCUUCGAUCGCACAGAUAAUUAUUUUACUGACACACCCUAUUGGUCUUGUUCUGUCACUGAACACGUUUACAUGCACACCAAUAUCCCGUUAUUAUCGGGAUACUCAAGUAUUCUGUUUUUGAGUUGACGCAUAUAAACAUCAGAUCCCUUUUAAAAUAACCCGGAAAAGCUUGUGUCCCGGUUAUAAGAAACCCGGAUAAAAUGCCUGGGAUAUGAUUUUAGAGGGGAUACUGUGGCAUGUAAACAUCUUAUCCCGUUUACUGUUUUUCGCGGUCUGCGCAGACUCAAUUAUCGUGUGUGAUGAUGUUUUCAUCUGAUUGUCAAAAAAAUUACUUAAAAAAGUAGGCUACCUGCGUAGUUCGAUCCACCAUAAUUCCAUAAUAAUUGAUUUAGCUGAUACUCCGUAGGCUACUGGACCGUAUAGGCUACUGGCUACUUUUCUGUUUAUAAUUCAUUUCCGACAUUUGGUAGGCCAUAUUAUAAUUACCGCCAUUUGUUUGUCAACUAUAGUUAGAUACAUGCAGCUUCUCUUCUGUUCUAACUUGUUGCCCGAGAAGACUAAAUAAACUAGUGCUCACCAGAAUAAUGUUUUCCAUCGAUAGAAUGAACGGAUUAGUAAUCUAGUUAACGCCUGUAAAGUAGUCUGAUUCGUUUAGGUACCGGGGAGAAAACGCAAUAACUCUAAAACAGUCGAAACAUUGGUCCUGUGCAAAAUGCCCAAAUGUCAUCCGUUUGACAGGUUUUAAGGAAAUGAAAAGCUGAGAAAACGAUGAAACACAUUAAUGAUAAGACUUCAGUUCGUCUUGGGUGCAUAUUUUAUGUGGUUGAAAUACUGUCUGCUUGCAUAAGUGUCAAAGAUAACACAUUACACCGCAUUCUAAUUUUCUCAAGAGAUGCUUAAAGAAGGAAAUUAUAUUUCUCCACUUCUAUUCCCGAGACAAAAUUAACAUGUGUUCUAUCAGUUUACUGCAAGAAAUGCAUAAUUCUGUUAAUAUUAUAUAACACUACAUAUGAGAAGUUAUAGACCUACAGACAGUGUCCAUAUUUCAAUUACUAUUCCAUUUAACCCAUAUUAACUUAAAUUAGGAAAAUUCUGUUUAUUCAUGGAUACAGGGAUACUUGGGAACGGGAUAUCAAAGGUGCAUGUAAACAGCUUAUCCCUAAUAAGACCUUAAGCGGGAUAUGAGCUACUAUCCAGAAUACUGUGUGCAUGUAAACGUGGUCACUGUCACAUGCUGUCUUUUUUAUAAUUGUCUCUUUCAACAGUUCUUGUUUGCUAAAAUCCAAGCUUCUUCCAAGAGGGAACUCGGAGGUUCGCUUUCUGCCCACUCAGUUUCUGGAAAGUGGCUGCUUCUGCCAAGCAAUGAGCCAAAUUGAGAGUCUCUCUUUCUUUCUCCCAGAUUUACCCCCUGGUCUAUGAUGAGCAGUUGCUGUGGGUGAGUGGCGGGGCGGGGCAGGUGAGCACCUACCGGAUCCCCCUGCUCUCCUUCACCCCCAAGGGCAGUCUGCUGGCCUUCGCUGAGGCCCGGAAGAAGUCUGCCAGUGACGUGGGGGCCAAGUUCCUUGCCAUGCGACGCUCCACAGACAGAGGUAGGCAGGCAGUCAGGGCGAGCAAACAGACAGACAGACAGAGAGACAGUGUAUUGCAGGAAUGGGUAACUUUGAUGGGGUUGGGGGCCACAAAAUCGGAACUGCGUACCCACAUCCAUACCCACACAUGCAGUCAGCUUGCCUUUUGGGGGCCCUAAGCAAUAUUUUGUUUUACAGCUACUUUCCUGCAACUGUACACAUUUUGCCAUAGGGUGGAGACAAAUGUUUGCAGUUUUUAAUAUGAUAUCUGAUGAUCAAUGGGGGCCCCCCCUGGUCGGUAAUUCGAACAUGAUUACUACAUGUUUAGAUAGCUGGCCACUAGACUAAUUGACCAAUCUAAAACAUUUUACCUGACAUGGGCUAAUUGAGUGAUUGUCAGUGACUGACAUAACAAGAGAAAAACUGCUGAUGCACAACCAAAUUUCGAAAUGACACCUUGUGUAUUCUAUUAGACAAAAAAAUACCCCGAUUUGGGGGAUUUUUACAAAAUGUAAUCCAUUGAAUAGUCCUUUGGAGGAAGGAUUUGUUGACAUAUAUUUGACAUUUGUAUCUAAAAGCAUAAUUGAGCAAUAAUUGUUCAAAGUUGGCAUAUUUAUGACAUUUGGGCCUUACCCAGGCCUCCUUUCAGACUCCAUAAUGUUUCAUCUGUAGAUGCUACAAUGCAAAAAUUGGUGUCAUAUGAAGAUUUACCACUUGCUUUGUAAUAUGAGGAGUACCUUUUUAUUUUACUUAUUUUUAACAAUUUAUGAAUAUUGAAAAAUAUAAACAUGAAUAUAGAGAAAUUAAGAUGUGGCUAAUGUUUCUAUAUAUUGUUUAACAUAAAAUACUAAGGGCAUAUCAAAGUUCCAGUGUGUCACUAAUAGGAAUUUCCAGGUGAACAAAAAGGAGAGCAGUAGCAGAUAAAAUCAAUAAAAAAUCUAUGUUUAUUACAAGUUGCAACAAGAAUACCCCUCCAGCACAGAAGCAGAGAAAAUGUCUAUCUGACCUUCUCUGAGCAGGCCCUUCUAUCUUAAAGGCACAGUGUCGUCAAAUGUGAUUUUCCUGUGUUUUAUAUAUGUUUCCACGCUAUGAGGUUGGAAUAAUACAGUGAAAUUGGGAAAAUUAUGAUAAUUGCCUUUUAGUGUAAGAGCUGUUUGAAAAGACUGCCUGAAAUUCCAGCCUGUUUUGAUAUUUAGAUAAAUGGCUGCAUUGGACCUUUAAUCAGAAAGCACCAAAUGUUCACUUAAAGGUCCAAUCCAGCCAUUUAUAUCUCAAUAUAAAAUAAUUUCUGGGUAACAAUUACCUCACUGCUAGGACUGUCUGGGAGUGGUCUGAGUGGGGAGGGGAAAACUGAAAACUAGCUGUUAUUGGUUUGGAACUCUCUUUCUUUUUGAUCUGUUAACUCAUUUACUUCCUGCUGACGUCACCAGGCAGGCUAAAACUCAAUACCACCAAAAAAGGCUGAAAUGUAUUUUUUAUUAAAUUUACACUAAAAGGGCAUUAUCAUUUUCACAAUUUUGCAGUAUUAUUCCAACCUCAUAUUGUGGAAAUAUAUAUAUAUAUAAACAUACAGUGCAUUCGGAAAGUAUUCAGACCCCUUAAUUUUUUGCCACAUUUUGUUACGUUACAGCCUUAUUCUAAUUCAUCAAACUACACACAAUACCCCAUAAUGACAAAGCAAAAACUGUUUUUUAGAAAUGUUUGCAAAUUUAUAAAAAAUAAACUGAAAUAUCACAUUUACAUAAGAAUUCAGACCCUUUACUCAGUAUUUUGUUGAAGCACCGUUUGCAGCGAUUACAAUCUCAAGUCUUCUUGGGUAUGACACUACAAGCUUGACACACCUGUAUUUGGGGAGUUUCUCCCAUUCUUCUCUGUAGAUCCUCUCAAGCUCUGUCAGGUUGGAUGGGGAGCAUUGCUGCACAGCUAUUUUCAGGUGACCCUUCACCCCAGUCUGAGGUCCUUAGCGUUCUGGAGCAGGUUUUCAUCAAGUAUCUCUCUGUACUUCGCUCCAUUCAUCUUUGCCUCAAUCCAGACUAGUCUCCCAGUCCCUGCCGCUGGAAAACAUCCCCACAGCAUGAUGCUGCCACCACCAUGCUUCACCGUAGGGAUGGUGCCAGGUUUCGUCCAGAAGUGAUGCUUGGCAUUCAGGCCAAAGAGUUAAAUAUUGGUUUCAUCAGACCAGAGAAUCUUCUUUCUCAUGGUCUGAGAGUCUUUGGUGCCUUUUGGCAAACUCCAAGCGGGCUGUCAUGGCAUAGGUGCCUUUUACUGAGGAGUGGCUUCCGUCUGGCCACUCUACCAUAAAGGCUUGAUUGGUGGAGUACUGCAGAGAUGGUUGUCCUUCUGGAAGGUUCUCCCAUCUCCACAGAGGAACUCUGGAGCUCUGUCAGAGUGACCAUCAGGUUCUUGGUCACCUCCCUGACCAAGGCCCUUCUCCCCCGAUUGCUCAGUUUGGCCAGGCGGCCAGCUCUAGGAAGAGUCUUGGUGGUUCCAAACUUCUUCCAUUUAAGAAUGAUGGAAGCCACUGUGUUCUUGGGGACCUUCAAUGGUGCAGAAAUGUUCUGGUACCCUUCCCCAUAUCUGUGCCUCGACACAAUCCUGUCUCGGCGUUCUACGGACAAUUCCUUUGACCUCAUGGCUUGGUUUUUGCUCUGACAUGCACUGUGAACUGUGGGACCUUAUAUAGACUGGUGUGUGCCUUUCCAAAUCAUGUCCAAUCAGUUGAAUUGACCAAAGGUGGACUCCAAUCAAGUUGUAUAAACAUCUCAAGGAUGAUCAAUGGAAACAGGAUGCACCUGAGCUCAAUUUUGAGUCUCAAAGCAAAGGGUCUGAAUACUUAUGUAAAUAAGGUAUUUCUGUUUUCUAUUUUUAAUACAUUUGCAAAGAUUUCUAAAAACCUGUUUUCGCUUUGUCGUUAUGGGGUAUUGUGUAUAGAUUGCUCAGGAUUCUUUAAAAAAAAAUCAAUUUCAGAAUAAGGCUGUAACGUAACAAACUGUGGAAAAAGUGAAGGGGUCUGAAUACUUUCCGAAUGCACUGUAAUUUAUAGCACUUUACUCACAACUGAUACUUUCCUCCCCUCUCCCCUUUCCCUCCUCUAUACCUCCCCUCCACCCUAGGUGCCACGUGGUCUCCCACCUCCUUCAUAGUGGACGAUGGCUCACUGGCUGACGGGCUGAACCUGGGUUCUGUGGUGGUGGAUGAGGAGACUGGCUCUGUGCUGCUGAUCUACUCUCUGUGCUUCCACCAGUACCAGUGUGACCCCGCCAGUAUUAUGCUGGUGGAGAGCAUGGACGACGGUCUCAGCUGGAGCUCACCAAGGAACCUCUCGGUCCAGCUGGGAGUUAAGAACUUCGCCCCCGGGCCCGGCUUUGGCAUUCAGGUGGGUCCCUCUCUCGCACUCACUCACUCACACAGAUAUAUAUAUAUAUAUAUAUAUAUAUAUAUAUAUAUAUAUAUAUAUAUAUAUAUAGAUAUAGAUAUAGAUAUAUAGAUAUAUAGAUAUAGAUAUAGAUAUAGAUAUAUAUAUAUAUAUAUAUAUAUAUAUAUAUAUAUAUAUAUAUAUAUAUAUACACAGUGAGGGAAAAAAAGUAUUUGAUCCCCUGCUGAUUUUGUACGUUUGCCCACUGACAAAGACAUGAUCAGUCUAUAAUUUUAAUGGUAGGUUUAUUUGAAAAAUCCAGAAAAACGCAUGUCAAAAAUGUUAUCAAUUGAUUUGCAUUUUAAUGAGGUAAAUAAGUAUUUGACCCCUCUGCAAAACAUGACUUAGUACUUGGUGGCAAAACCCUUGUUGGCAAUCACAGAGGUCAGAUGUUUCUUGUAGUUGGCCACCAGGUUUGCACACAUCUCAGGAGGGAUUUUGUUCCACUCCUCUUUGCAGAUCUUCUCCAAGUCAUUAAGGUUUCGAGGCUGACGUUUGGCAACUCGAACCUUCAGCUCCCUCCACAGAUUAUCUAUCUGAUAAAGGUCUGGAGACUGGCUAGGCCACUCCAGGACCUUAAUGUGCUUCUUCUUGAGCCACUCCUUUGUUGCCUUGGCCGUGUGUUUUGGGUCAUUGUCAUGCUGGAAUACCCAUCCACGACCCAUUUUCAAUGCCCUGGCUGAGGGAAGGAGGUUCUCACCCAAGAUUUGAUGGUACAUGGCCCCGUCCAUCGUCCCUUUGAUGCAGUGAAGUUGUCCUGUCCCCUUAGCAGAAAAACACCCCCAAAGCAUAAUGUUUCCACCUCCAUGGUUGAUGGUGGGGAUGGUGUUCUUGGGGUCAUAGGCAGUAUUCCUCCUCCUCCAAACACGGCGAGUUGAGUUGAUGCCAAAGAGCUCGAUUUUGGUCUCAUCUGACCACAACACUUUCACCCAGUUUCCUCUGAAUCAUUCAGAUGUUCAUUGGCAAACUUUAGAUGGCCCUGUAUAUGUGCUUUCUUGAGCAGGGGGACCUUGCGGGCGCUGCAGGAUUUCAGUCCUUCACGGCGUAGUGUGUUACCAAUUGUUUUCUUGGUGACUAUGGUCCCAGCUGCCUUGAGAUCAUUGACAAGAUCCUCCGGUGUAGUUCUGGGCUGGUUCCUCACCGUUCUCAUGAUCAUUGCAACUCCACGAGGUGAGAUCUUGCAUGGAGUCCCAGGCCGAGGGAGAUUGACAGUUCUUUUGUGUUCCAUUUGCGAAUAAUCGCACCAACUGCUGUCACCUUCUCACCAAGCUGCUUGGCGAUGGUCUUGUAGCCCAAUUCAGCCUUGUGUAGGUCUACAAUCUUGUCCCUGACAUCCUUGGAGAACUCUUUGGUCUUGGUCAUGGUGGAGAGUUUCGAAUCUGAUUGAUUGCUUCUGUAGACAGGUGUCUUUUAUACAGGUAACAAGCUGAGAUUAGGAGCACUCCCUUUAAGAGUGUGCUCCUAAUCUCAGCUCGUUACCUGUAUAAAAGACACCUGGGAGCCAGAAAUCUUUCUGAUUGAGAGGGGGUCAAAUACUUAUUUCCCUCAUUAAAAUGCAAAUCAAUUUAUAACAUUUUUGACAUGCGUUUUUCUUGAUUUUUGUUGUUGUUAUUCUGUCUCUCACUGUUCAAAUAAACCUACCAUUAAAAUUAUAGACUGAUAAUUUCUUUGUCAGUGGGCAAACGUACAAAAUCAGCAGGGGAUCAAAUACUUUUUUCCCUCACUGUAUAUCGGGUGAAAGUAGAUUUAAUUUCUUCCCAGUACGGGGACCUCCUAUGUGUGCACGUGCUUUUUUUAUUUUUUUUAUUUUUUUAUGGCCCUAAUCAUAGAAUUACAAAUAGGAUCUCUAUGGGCCUAAUAGUAAAGAUUUGUCGUUUCAUUUUUAAUAUGUAUGAGGCUACCUUUUUAAUGUGGCAUAAACACAACCAUUUAUGAUGUUUUCAUCUGAUUGUCAAACAAUUACUUCAAAGGCUCAUGAAGACUACCUGCGCACGUUACUCAGGGACGGCUAAACGAUAUGGUGUGAGAAAUACAUUUUUAAGCCUAAUUUAUAUAUUUUUCUGCUUAUAAGCUCCAACAUUUGAUAGGCUAUUUGUUAGUCAACUUGUCUAAAAUUAGAUACAUGCAGCAUCUCUUCUGUCAUUACUUGAUGCUCGUAUAGAACGCUAAAUAAAGCCUUGCUCACCAGAAUAAUGUCAUAAUCGAUAGAAAGAUCAAUCUAGUUGACAUUGGUAAAGUUUUCUCUUUCAUUUCUGCUUCUCUCACAGAGUGAGGAUGUUUAGGGACCAGGGAGAUUUCCAAAUGACAUCAGUUUGACCGGUUUAAAGGAAAUGAAAAGCUGUGAAAAAGAUCCAACAUGUUUUUGAUAGUAUUUCAGUUUGUCUUGGAUGCAUAUUUGAUGUGGUUGAAAAUGAAAUACUGUCAGCUUUUAUGUUGCUGAAUAAAUUUCACGUUUAGGCUACACAACAGGUCCAUAAGUGCGCAAUCGCAUUCUCUCAAGAUGCUGAAAGAAAUGAAUCAUAUUUCUCCACUCCUGUUCCCUAGCCAAAAUUAUCAUUACAUUUUGGACUAUCAUUUUACUGCGAGGAUCACUUAAUUCUGCAGGAAUUAACAUUAUAAUAGGCUACGUGUGAGGCUUACAUUCAGUGUCCAGACUUCAGUUACUAUUCCAACCAUUAGGCUACUCCAAUAAUAAUUGGAAUAAAUCUGGCAUCCAUACAGUACCAUUUGAUAAAUGCAGAGACAUCACUUACAAAACACAACAAAAAAAAAAUGAAUGAAUGAUAUUCGGUGAUUGUCAUUCAUUAGGCCUACACAAAGUCUCGGUCUCGGCCACUAAUCUUUGCCUUUGCAAAAAUGUCAGUGUUAUUGUUGAACCACACCGCAUUUUGGAGCGUAUUCAUUAAAUCGUUAAAGACUCCAACCACCCAAGCUGUAGACUGUUGCUUCCGCAUGGCAAGCGGUACCGGUACAUCAAGUCUGACACCAACAGGCUCCUGAACAGCUUCUAUCCCCAUGCCAUAAAACUGCUAAAUAGCUAACUAAAUAGCUAACAAAAUGGCUACACGGACGAUCUGAGUUGAUCUUUGUAUUUUAUUCUCUAUGCACACUCACAGGGCCCUACACACUACGCACACUGAUACUCCAACACACAUUUAUACUGACUACACACACCCACUCACAUACAAUCAUCAUAUACACUGCUGCAACUCUGUUUAUCAUAUCCUGAUGCCUAGUCACCUUACCCCUAUACAUAUCUACCUCUAUCGCUACAGUAUCCCUGCACAUUGUAAAUAUGGUACUGGAACUGAACCUGUAUAUAGUAUGCUUACUUACCUUAUCGUGUUCUUCUUAUUUUGAUAUCUCGUGUGUUUUUGUUCUACCUUGUUAUUUUUAGUAUUACAUUGUUAUUGAUUACUGGAUUGUUGUGGUUAGAGCUUGCAAGAAAGGCAUUUCACUGUACUUGUGCAUGUGACAUUUAAAACUUAAAACAAAACAAAAAAACAUGUAUUCCACAAGUUUUCAAGUCUCUUCGCUAAUUUUUCAUACGACUGAAAUGCGGUAAUGAUAAAUAGUGUAAUAGCCUACAGUUUUCUUAAAAUCUAUGUUUUAACUAUUGUGAUAGGCUCAUGUUUUACCGGUAUGGUGUACCCCCACUAUUUAUUUUGCUGCUACUCCAUACCGGACCGUUCCGUCUUACUUUCAUCCCUGCAUAUAAUUUAAUUCAUAUAAUUUAAUUCAUAUAAUUUCCCCCGCUUUAUUUGUUUGUCAUCUCUACUUUCAUAUGAGAAGAGAGCUCCUUAUUUCCUUCCUCGUGAUACCAUUGCUGACGUAGCCUACUGUGUGUUGUCAGUAAGUUUGAGUCAUAUCUCCCACGAUGAGCUACUCUCUCUUUUUCAAUACAUCUGCAUUUCCUACAGUGUUGUUAACCUGCCUGUGUGUAUUUGGACUCAGCAGUAUUUAGCUAGUCAUUCUGGAUGUUCUUUCCUUUAUGAGGCCAAUUUCUAUCACCCCUAACCCUUAUAUUGUGUGUAAUAAACCUUAGUAAUAAAUCUUAGGGUCAAUGCACCGAGGUCAGUUGUUUCGAUUGAACUGUUGUGCUUUGAUAGAGUACACUAUUUUGACUGUGUCUCUCCAUGUCUCCACUCGUAGAAGCACUACCCUCCUGCUAAGGGGCGUCUGGUGGUGUGUGGACAUGGCACCCUGGAGGGUGACGGGGUCUUCUGCAUUCUGAGUGACGACCAUGGACAAAACUGGAAGAAUGGCGCCGCGCUGAAGAGCAUCCCCUACAACCAGCCCAAACAAGCCCUGGACUUCAACCCAGACGAGUGCCAGGUAAAGCUAACCAGGGAGGGAGUGGGCAGGAAGGACUGGAAAGGAUGCCACACAGUACAAUACCUAUAUAGUUAUUAGGCAACCCUUGAGUUUUACUAGUCUGUAGUUUUACUAGUCUGGUACUAGUUUUAUAGUUGUAGUUCUGGUUUUGUGCUAUAGUGCUGUAUACUGAUUACAAUGCAGUUCCUCAACUUUAUUUGUGUCAGGGAUUGGAAAGAUAUUGAUUUAUUUGACUAACAACUAUCAGUAUCCCUUGAUGAGAAGUGCUUGAGAAACUCUGUAUUGGCUUUUAACAGAUAAAGCCCAUGAUCAGGCUGACCUCAGUUCCUCAAUCAAACUCCUCUCUGCCUCUUUCCACCCUCCGUAGCCUGUAGAGAUGGAGGACGGCAGCAUCGUCGUCAACGUGCGCAACCAGAACAACUACCACUGCCGCUGCCGCAUGGUGGUGCGCAGCCUAGACGGGGGUGAGACUCUGCCUGUGGAGCAGCUGGUGUUUGACUCCACCCUGAUAGACCCAAUGGUAGCGGCAGGGGCGCUGCAGAAGGAGGGCGUGAUGUACUUUACCAACCCAGCUGACAGUACCCACAGUAAGGAAAGGGGUGGGGAUGGGGCCGGAGCCCUCUGGUGGCCCUCUGGUGGACAGAGUGGGUUGGACAGGGGGAUAGUGGUGAGUUCUUUUACUUCCACCCUCAAACUUUCUGUCCCUCUUGCUUUCUUUCUCUGUCUCCUUCCUUUCUACCAGGGAUCAACCUAACCCUGCGCUGGUCUCUGACCAAUGGCACGUCGUGGGAGAAGAAGGCUGUCCAGAUCUGGGCGGGCCCAAGCGGCUACUCCUGCAUGACAUCACUUACGAGCGGCGGCGCGGAGGACAGGAAGUUCAUCUUUGUAAUCUACGAGAAAGGCCACCAGGACUACGAUGAGACCAUCUCCUUCGCCAAGAUCCACCUCUACGGUGGAUUGUAG